ACGUGUGGCAAACGUUUGGACUCUUUGCAUGCGACGGAGCUUAGAGAGUUGGUACCGCUGUAAAAUACAUCACAGGAGAUCGCAUCUUGCAUCGUAUCGUUAAUCUUUCAGAAGCCAGUCGAAUUAAAAUAGUCCUCCGUGAAGCAUUUCGCCGAGAGGGCCGGAAUAGCACAAAAACACCAUGCAGACUGAAGCACAAGUGAACCCAAAGGCCUACCCGCUGGCCGAUGCCACGCUGACCAAAACUAUCCUGGAUCUGGUGCAGCAAGCCUCAAACUACAAGCAACUGAGGAAGGGAGCCAACGAAGCCACUAAAACCCUGAACAGAGGCAUCGCUGAGUUUAUCGUGAUGGCUGCCGAUGCGGAACCACUGGAGAUCAUCCUCCACCUGCCGCUGCUGUGCGAGGACAAGAAUGUCCCCUACGUGUUCGUCCGCUCCAAGCAGGCCUUGGGCCGGGCCUGUGGGGUGUCGCGCCCUGUUAUCGCUACCUCAGUCACUAUAAAAGAGGGGUCUCAGCUCAAGCCACAGAUCCAGUCUGUUCAGAUGGCCAUUGAGAGACUGCUUGUGUGAUUUUUUUUUUUUUUUUUUUUUUUUUUUCCUU